CCCGCCGCGCCGGCCCCCGCCGCGCCCAAGCCCGCGGUGCCCGCCAAGCCGGGCGCUGCCGCUGUCCUGCCCGCCGCCCCGCAGCCCGUGUCCCCGCGGCCCGCGCUGGGCGCUGCCCCUCCCCGCAUCGUGGCCCCGCAGCUGAUCGUGCGGCCCCCCCCGCAAACCACCAUCCAGCUGCCGCCCGGCUUCACCAUCCCGCCCGGGAUGGUGCUGGUGCGCACGGACGCGGGACAGCUGGUGAUGGUGCCCCAGCAGGCUCUAGCCCAGGCUCAGAUGCAGGCUCAGGUGCAGACACAGGGACAGGGCCCUGCCAACCUGUCACCCAGGCUUUCUGUGCCCACCACUGGCCCUGUUUUUCGCCUGUCAACAGCUCAGCAGCCGACGUCCGUGGCUGCGCCCGCCGUGCGCCUGGGGCUGCCCGUGCAGGCCAAGGUGGUGCCACCGCCGGCUGCGCCCGCCAGCGCCGCCGCCACGCUGCCAGGGGGGGCUGUGCUGGCACACACCACGGUAUCAGUAGCUACGACAAGUGCUCAAAAUUUGUUCAAGACAACAGUAGCAACUGGAACUUCAGCUUCUCAACAACCUGCAGUGAUCACUGGUGGGCAGAGUCAAGGUUCAGCACAAAGCCAGGGUCAGCCUCGGCUGCCGCUGCCGCCUCACACGGCAGCUCCAGUGCCAGCACAGCCCCUGGUCAUCCCCAGCUCUCCUGUGCCUGGAACUACAGUUGUGUCGCAGGAAAUGCAAGAGAAUGUGAAAAAAUGCAAAAACUUUUUAGCUACCCUUAUAAAACUUGCUUCUCAUAAUUCACCAUCUCCAGAAACGUCCCGCAAUGUGAAAGCUCUGGUUCAAGAUUUGUUGGAUGCAAAGAUUGAUCCAGAAGAAUUUACAGGCCGCCUUCAAACGGAACUCAAAUCAUCUCCUCAGCCAUACCUUGUCCCUUUCCUUAAGAAAAGUCUACCUGCCUUGAGACAAUCUUUACUGAAUAGUCAGCAUUUGGUUUUGCAAGGACAGCCGUCUCAGCAGCCACUUCAACAAAGCAAGCUCUCACAAGUGAUACCUCAGUCUGCCUCGGGAAGCAUUUCCUCUGUUGUCACCACACAGACAAUAGGAAUAAGGCAACCAAACAACAUUUGCACAGUCUCUGUAUCAAAUACAGUGCAGCCUCCUCAGGUUAAGGUGGUACAGUCAAAUCAGAGUUCUCAACUGCAGAUUAUCCAGUCAACAUCUGCUCAAACUGUGAAACGAACCCCUGCUUGCCAGACUACCCAGAUUAGGAUGCCAGUGGUAAUAACUCAGACCAUUAGACCACAAGGCACAGUAGGGAAGGCACCAACAAUACAAGCCAGUAAAAGUCCUGGGGGCUUUGGUGUUCAGGUCUCUGCAAAUCAGAAAAACAAGCUGAAUGACCCUGGAGGUGGUUCUUUCAGAGAUGACGAUGACAUCAAUGAUGUUGCCUCUAUGGCUGGUGUUAAUCUUAAUGAAGAAAGUGCCCGAAUCAUGGCCACCAACUCUGACUUGGUUGGAACCCAGAUCCAGUCCUGUAAAGAUGAACCCUUCCUUGCUGCUAUACCUCUCCACAAACGCAUACUUGACACGGCUAAAAAACUAGGAAUUACUGAUGUGCCAGCUGAGGUCGUUACUUUUAUUUCCCAUGCAACACAAAACAGAUUGAGGACAGUGAUAGAAAAAGUGACAGUGAUAACCCAGCACCGGAUGGAAUCAUACAAGGAUGAUGAGUGGUACGAACAAGCUACAGAUGUCCGAGCACAGUUAAAGUUCUUUGAACAGCUGGAGCGUUUAGAAAAGCAAAGGAAAGAUGAACAAGAGAGGGAAAUCUUGUUAAAGGCUGCCAAGAGUCGCUCAAGGCAAGAAGACCCAGAGCAAGCUAGACUGAAACAAAAAGCAAAGGAGAUGCAGCAACAAGAACUGGCACAGAUGAGGCAGAGGGAUGCCAAUCUCACAGCACUGGCAGCGAUCGGUCCCCGCAAGAAACGGAAGCUGGAUACACCUGGACUGCUCUCCAUAGGAGGGGAGGGUCUCGGUGUGUCUGGUGGGAGUCAGGCUGGCCUGGGCACUGCUUCCCCCAGGCAGUAUCCACGACAGAAAAUAACACGUGUAAACCUCAGGGACUUCAUCUUCUACAUGGAACAGGAACGAGAAAUGAGCCAUUCUCUCCUGCUCUAUCGAGCUCUGCUUAAAUAAAGCCAACAGUUGUACUGAUUGCUCCAUACAGAAGCUCAACUCACAUUGAAAGCUCUCAUUUUAAUGUGCCUUCUAUUUUUUUCAGAAGUCAAUGUUCCAGUAAUUUUGUUUUGUAAAAUUGUCAGACACAUGCAAUAAAUUUCCUUUAUGUAAAAAAAAAUAAUAAUAUAAAAACCACCAAAAAAAAAAAAA